AUCCAUGCUGGUGAGGAAAAUAAAUUCAAUGAUUUCAUGAAACGUUGUUCAUACAUCCGUGGCCAGUACGACAAGCCAGAUGGUUUCAUUGAGCUGGAAAAGUUCAUUGAUGAAAUACAACGUAACUCUAAUGGAGCACCAGUAAACCGAAUGUUUUAUUUGGCGCUGCCGCCUGAUGUUUUUGAAGAUGUUACUCUUCAGAUCAGCAAGAACUGCAUGGACAAGGGGUUCGGUAACAGGAUUUUUAACCCUUCGUGGAAUCGUGACAAUAUUGCUGCGAUUGUGAUUACGUUCAAAGAAAAUUUUGGAACACAGGGUCGCGCUGGUUAUUUUGAUAAGAGCGGCAUCAUACGUGAUGUUAUGCAGAAUCAUUUGAUGCAAAUUCUGACGCUGGUUGCGAUGGAGAAACCCGCCAGCUUAAACGCUGAGGAUAUACGCGAUGAAAAGGUAGGUAGUAAAAAGGAUGAAAAGCGCUUUUAUCGGACUACCUGUGCAUUCGAAAGCUUUGCUGAUUGCGUAUCCUGA